AUGAUAACCCGGUUCAUCACGGACGUGUCGACACGCUUCAACCCCUUCUCGGCGCGGGCCAAGUCGGCGCGGCUGUUCCUGUCGCUGCUGCCGCCGACGGCGCGGGCGUCGGGCAUGAACAUCACGACGCAGCUGCUGCCGCGGACGUCGACGGAGCCGAGCACGCUGUAUAUCAAGUUCAAGGACGGCAAGGAAAUGAACCUCGACUGCGAAUCCAUGGGCAUCAAGAGCAUCGUUGAGGAGGUCGACCGGCACUCGCGCGCGCUGCAGAAGGAGGCUGAUUUGGCUGAAGCCUGA